GUUCCUCCUGUUGACGUCAGUUUGUCAUUGGGAGCUACUGUGCUGCACCUAAAGUAAACCGUUUCUGUCGUAUCACUGUCUACCGGCGUUCGCUUCUGCCAAUUAGAGAUUGGUGCGAGUGGACUCGCGCUUUUCCAAAGCACAGCCAUGUGCAGCUGUGUGCGGAGCUCCAGGGCUCUGUCCCCUGUCCUGCUCCCAAGGCUGCGGCUUGUCCCCCACAUGGGCUACAGACCAGCCGGCAGGGGCCUUUGGACCUCACCCCACCUCAUGGCAGUCAAUGGAGACUCCAAUCUGCUCCCGCUGCCCAGUCAGGCGAGGGUGGUUAUCUGUGGAGGAGGAAUUGUGGGAUCUUCUGUUGCCUACCACCUGGCCAAACUAGGCUGGACUGACAUUGUGCUCCUGGAGCAGGGCAGACUCGGUGCAGGAACAACUAGACUCUGUGCUGGAAUUGUCAGUGUGGCAAAGCCAAUAUCUAUUGAGUGUCAAAUGUCCAACUACUCCAACGGUCUUUACGAACAGCUGGAGAAAGAGACAGGAAUCAAAACAGGCUAUGUGAAGACAGGGUCACUGUGUCUGGCUCAAAAUCAGGAUCGCUUUAUCUCUCUGAAGCGUCUGGCAUCCAGACUAAAAGUCAUGGGAAUCAACUGUAAUAUUAUUAAGCCCAAAGAGAUAGCAAAACUCCACCCUCUCAUCAAUAUCCAUGACCUGGUCGGAGCCCUCCACCUCCCUUCAGAUGCAGUGGUGUCGCCACCUGAAGUUAAUCAUGCUCUGGCCGUAGCUGCCGCUGGACAAGGGGUUCAGAUACUGGAGCGGACCAGUGUUCAGCAGGUUCUGGUUGAGAAAGGUCACGUUACGGCAGUGGAGACGGACCGGGGUUCGAUCGAGUGUGACUACUUUGUCAACUGUGCUGGACAGUGGGCCUAUGAGCUGGGCCAGGCAAGUGAGACCAAGGUGUCUGUUCCACUCCAUGGCUGUGAACACUUCUACCUCCUCACAAAACCGCUCCAGGAGCCCCUUCCAGGAAACAUGCCAGUGGUAAUUGAUAUGGAUGGCAGGAUAUAUGCACGGCCUUGGCAGGGAGGUGUUCUGUCGGGGGGCUUUGAGAAAAACCCAAAGCCAAUCUUCACUGAGGGUCGCAACCAGCUGGAGGUGCAGAACAUGCAGGAAGAUUGGGACCACUUUGAGCCAAUGCUGAAUGCUCUGCUGAGGAGAAUGCCCAAUCUAGAGUCUGCUGAGAUCCAUCAGCUGGUCAACUGUCCAGAGUCCUUCACUCCUGAUAUGCGCUGUCUAAUGGGUGAGACACCCGGGGUUUCUGGCUACUACGUGCUCGCAGGGAUGAACUCGUCCGGUUUGGCUUUUGCUGGAGGAGCUGGCAAGUACCUUGCCGAGUGGAUGACCUACGGUUAUCCGACUGCCAACGUUUGGCCACUGGACAUCAAACGCUUUGGUAAUCUGCAGAGCAGCCGGACUUUCCUGAGACACAGAGUGAUGGAGGUCAUGCCUCUGCUCUAUGAACUGAAGGUCCCUCGCUGGGACUUUCAGACUGGGCGUCAGCUCCGGACCAGCCCUCUGUACGACCGCUUGGACACUCAGGGAGCGCGGUGGAUGGAGAAACAUGGAUUUGAAAGGCCCAAAUAUUUUGUUCCCCAUGGAAAAGACCUCCUGUCUCUGGACCAGAGUAAGACCUUCUACAAACCCGACUGGUUUGACAUUGUCGGGGCGGAAGUGAAAUGCUGCAAAGAGGCCGUGUGUGUCAUUGACAUGUCGUCCUUCACAAAGUUUGAGCUGACUUCCACCGGAGACCAGGCCCUGCAGCUGCUGCAGCAUCUGUGUGCUAACGACCUGGACGUCCCCGUCGGACACAUCGUCCACACCGGCAUGUUGAACGAAAGAGGAGGCUACGAGAACGACUGCAGCGUGGUUCGCAUCAGCAAGAACAGCUUCUUCAUCAUCUCUCCCACAGACCAGCAGGUCCACUGUUGGUCCUGGAUCAAGAAACACAUGCCAAAUGACCCACAGCUCCACCUAGAGGAUGUCAGCUGGAAGUACACAGCUUUGAAUCUUAUUGGUCCUCGUGCCAUGGAUGUUCUGGCUGAGCUGUCGUAUGUUUCCAUGACUCCAGAUCACUUCCCCUCAAUGUUCUGUAAGGAAAUGAGUGUGGGCUACGCUAAUGGGAUCCGAGUCAUGAGCAUGACCCACACGGGGGAGCCAGGCUUCAUGCUCUACAUACCUAUAGAGUAUGCUCUGCACGUCUACAACGAGGUGAUGUCUGUGGGUCAGAAGUACGGGAUUCGCAAUGCAGGCUACUACGCUCUGCGCAGCCUGCGCAUAGAGAAGUUCUUUGCUUUCUGGGGUCAGGACCUGGAUUCUUUCACCACCCCACUGGAGUGUGGACGAGAGUUCAGGGUCAAGUUUGACCAGGACACGGACUUCCUCGGUCACAAGGCGUUACUGCAGCAGCGUCACGACGGCGUCUUUCGGCGAUUCGUCAUGCUGGUUCUGGACGAUCACGACACCGAGUUGGAUCUGUGGCCGUGGUGGGGGGAGCCCAUCUACCGCAACGGUCAGCUGGCCGGAGCAACGACCAGCAGCGCCUUCAGUUACACGCUGGAGCGUCACGUCUGCCUCGGAUACGUUUCUCCACCGCCCGGAACCGAAGGCGCUGCCACGCCCAUCACUCCUGACUUCAUCAACCGUGGGGACUAUGAGGUGGACAUCGCUGGCCAGCGCUACCCAGCCAAAGCCAAACUCUACCCUUUUAGUUCUCUUUUUACCCAACAGAAACGUCGCAAGGAAGACAUGGAGCUCAGCAACCUCCAUGUGAAGUGAUGCAGAAGUUAAUAGAGAAAAAAACAAAACAAAAAAAAAACACUACUUUCUUUAGUGUCAAUAUCGAUGUGCACCAAAUCCAGUCCUACACCCAGGCCCGGGUCAUUCUUUCCAUACUACUUUGAAGUCGAGUCAGAGGUUAAUUUCUGUUGUGUGACCUUUGACCUUGACCACUCAAGGAAGCAUGGGGCAAACUGAAACAUCAUGAAGUGUCAGGCCCCGUAAAGCGAUUCAAUUAAUCACUAAAUUCAAAUAAUAUAUAAUUAAUUUAAUUGCGGGUAUUAAUUAUUUUUGUAAUUGAUUGGAUUAAACCUUGGCCUUGACCACAAAAAAUAUAAAAUUUAAAUAUAUCGUUAUUGAAAUGACUAUGCUACAAAAGUGUAUAUAAAAUACCCAGAGAUAUAUAGAAAAAACACUAACAUGAAAAUACAUAUAAAAAAAAAUACAGUUUUUUUUUUCUUCCCACAUUUUGAAGCGUUUCCACAAUCAAACACUUUUAACCUUCGAGAUCUGGUCUCUUCUGAAGUGGCUUCAUGUUCGUGGAGCUCCAGGGUCGCGUGCAGCAGAGACAUGAAUUAAAUGAUGCUUUGAUUUAGAAAAAAUGUUGUAAUUAUUUUCUUAAUUGGUUCAUUGUGGAUAAGUCAAGUAAUCAUUUCUAUUCAAAUUUCUUGAUCAGUUCUGAGUAUGCAUGCACGGAACCACAUGUCAAAUCCCAACUUUCUUUGCGCCUGCGUUACGGUGCAGGUAGUUUUUGGAGACGCUAUUUUGAAAAUGACCCAGGCCUGACCUUGCAGUGCCAACAUAUCUCUCUCUCCUCCUUUUAAACCCAGAGAGCUGUUGGUUCAAUCACUCCAUGUCCCACAUACAGUACAUGUAAGUUCAACUGUAUCAUUGUAUCUCUCUCCUUUUAAGUGCAAUAUAUUUACAGAAACUGAGUUCUCAUGGAAAUUGAGCUCAUCAAUGUCAGCACUUCUUUUUGAUCCCUGUUUUUUGUUUUGUUUUUCCUUUACACUCGGAGACUCGUUCAGUGGAAAUAUCUGCAGUUAAGUGCCUUUGUCAAGGUCACACCAUCGCUGGCUCUUUUCCGCUUUUCACUCAGUUCACUUUAACUCACCAAGAAGGGAAAAUGCUUCAGACCGACAACGUUCUGUAGUCACAGACACUGUGCAGUCUGAAGUAAAGAAAGACAAACUCACUUGGUUUAGAAUGCAGAAGAUGGAUAGAACCAGGUGUUUUUGCUGCUGUAAAGAAUGUGUGUGAUGUGAUUUGACAUCAUACACAUUAAUGAAGAAAAACGUCGUCUUCCUAACCUGGGGAGAAAGAUGUAAUUCAUUUAGAACUGUUUGUUUUGUUUGCCGCCCAUCACUCCUCCUACAUGUUAUCUCUUAUGAAAGUCUUCCCACACUCUAAAAAGCCUUAUCUUAUAUAUGUUUUCAACAACUCACUCCUUUUUUUUAAUUUUUACAGUUAUCUAUUUCAACCUGUUAUUCGUGCUGUGAUGUUUUGAUCUUUCGUUGAUGUGCAGUUAAAUAUUUGUCGGUUUUUGAGUGAUCGAUAGUUAAGGGAAAUUCCAAAUGGGUAGACAUCAGCAGGAGUUAUAACUGAGGUGACAGUCGGAGCCAAAAACAAAAAAAAAAGAAAAGUCUAACUUUGAUGAUCUGUAGAGUUUCUUUGGCCCGGAGUUUUGAUGUUUGUGUAAAGAAUGGACUACAAUGUGGAAUAAAGUCGUGUAUUUUUGUA